UGGUAACUUUCAGUCGGGCUCUGACGUGCGUAGCGUGAAGAUGUCGGAUGUUGUUCAGUGGCUGCUCUGGCGGCCGCGCGUAUCUAUAGACUAAAAUUCGGGUGAGCUAUCUUUCGUAACGACGUGUGACAUUUUCGCAAACCGUCGAAAAGUUUAUACGUUUCAAAGGCUGCCACCGAAAAAAGGCGUAAGACGAAGAACGUGCGUCUGGUAGUCCUCUUUUCGCGGUGGUCACGGUUGUCGCAGUGGUCGCGGUGGUCGCGGUAAACCGCCGCAACAUUCACGUGUUUUCUAGCCUGAUUAACCGGUAUAUCCGAGUAAUCGAAUCUCAAGCAUCGGAAAGAUGAGACUUCCGCGAAUGUUACUCGUCGUCGCCUACCUACUGCGAUGUCACAUCGCUCGUUCGACAGCCGCACCCACGAGAGCUACGAAUCCGGCUUUGUUGGGUGAAGUCGCUAUUACGCUCCAGGAUGAUGUUACAACGCAGGAACCUAUUCUUAAAAAAUGCAUCGUAGACGGAAAUACCUAUUCUCACAGUCAAACGAUACCAUCCUACGACAUAAAUUCGCAUUGUCUAUGCGUCGUCGGCGAAAUUUACUGUUGGUGGCAGAAUUAUAAUCCGACCAGCACUUCAUCGCUCGACUUGUCUUCCUUGCGAUCGACCGCGAUGGAGAACAAUUAUACUUCAACUCUAGAAAUGAAUACGGACAUUGUGAACGAUUUUGAAGCUUCCGGGAAUUUUGAUUCAUCGAUUAGGCAACAAGGACAUGUACAAACUAAUGCCACCUUGUCGAUUACGUCUCCUGUACCGAUUACUUGCCUUGUCAUGGGGAGAGAGUAUCGACAGGGUGAGAUUCUACCACACUCGACCGGGAACUGCGUCGAAUGCAGCUGCGGUUCCGAAGGGCGCGUCGAAUGUUCACCGAGAAAUUGCGUGGCACUGCGACCUGAGAUUUUGGUCGCACCCGAUAUAUCCGAGGCGGCCGACAGCGACUUUGAAGUUUUCAACUUAGCACGGGAUCGAGGCAUCGAUGAGAGUUUCUAAAACAUUCGAUAACGACCCACCCGCCGAAUCGUAAAAACUUGUUUACCUUUGAUUAUCGCAAUGUCAUUAAUGUUGUUGAAAGAUCAACCAAUAGAAAGUCAUUUAAUUGGACGCAAAGAUAAUUUUAAAGUAAUUUUAAAAGAGCAAUUUUAAUUUAUGUUGAUUCUUUUAUGGCAGGCGAAAAUCGAAUAGUCGAUGAAUCGAAUGAAAAAAAGUAAAAAAUUAUAAAAUAAUUUUAUAAAAAGAUUAAUUAUAGUUUAUUGGUCGUCUUGAUAAACAAACGAGAUUCAUCUCAAAAUCUAUCGAGUUUCAAAUUUCUACUAUAAUCCUUUGAAGAUUAGAUAGGAUUGAUCCUAUUUCUAAUCUUCAAAGGUUUGAAAAUAUUCAUCUCGCAUUAUCCGGAAAAUUUCAUCGAAUAAUGAUGCUGUAUAAGCAAACCCAAUGUAUUUUGUCCUACAACUUGGAGUAAUGACGAUAGUAGAAAACUAUCUAGUCCGUACGCUUUAUCAAUUUGCUUACGUACAAUCUUUUCAUGUACAUAUGCAAUAGUAUAACAUUGCGCUAUAUGAUUCAACGCAGCUGCACUUGUAAAUAAUGGAAGCAGUUAAUAGCGAUAUUUUUUGUUUCAUCCUUUCCACACCCUUGGUCUCUAGUCUGCAUGUGAUCUCAAAUAUUUUAUUAUAAUUUUAUGUUUAAAAACGACAAAUUAUUUGAAUAUGAAUCUUAUAUUUACACGAGUUUGCACUUGGCAAAUUUUGUUAAGUAAUGAUUAUAAUUUUCUUUUGUUGUAGGAGAGAAUCGUUUUCUCUCAAUCGAGGAUAUGCUUUCAGUUUUUCGUGUUGUAUACCCAUUUAAAAUGGCAUUGAAGGCAUAGUUCUAGAACAUCUAGAAUGUCUAGUCUAGAUAGAUCUAUAAAACCCUCAAUGAGUGAGAACAGAGAGCUAAAUGUUUGGCUAAAUUUUCUUUUUACUUAACUUUAUUAAUAUCUUUCUCUUAUUGUUAAUUACUGAUAAAUGGAUAAUUUCUAAUGUAAUGAAUACUUUCCAUAUAAAAAGGAAAUAUGUAUUAAAUAAUUUUAGUAUAUUCAUUUCUUUAUUUUAUUAAUUUUAAAAGAGAGCUCAUUACAUUUUUCAUGUAAAUUUUAAUGAAUUUUUUUUUUUGGUUAAUUUGGAUUUGAAUCGUAGAUAUAUUUCACAAUUAAUGAUUUAUCUAAAAGAUUUAUAUUUGUAUAGAUGCAAAAAGGUUUUUGUAGACAUCGGCCUAUAAAUCUAUAAAUUAUAUAAUCACAAUAUGCAAAUACGUACAUCGGUCUAUCAUAUAUAGAUCAAUAGAGAAAAAUAAUUUUACUGGGUUUAAUCACGAUUAAUCGAUUAUUCAAUAUAAUUCGACUUACAAAAUUUAAUAAUAAUUUUUGUCAUAUUUAUCACAUUCUAGUCAGCUUACAGUCAAAUAUUCUAAUCGAGAUCGUAUAAUUUAUUUCAUUUUAUAUAUACAGAAUGUCCGGAAUCGGUCGCACCAUCCGUCGUGUGAAGAUAGAGCAGAUAAAAAUGAGAAAAAGAGUCCUAUAUCAUUUUUUUUCUAUAACGCUUAAUAAAGAAAUUAUUAUUGAGUGAAGUCUGAUCAAUCAGCGCCGACUUUUAACUGGACAUACGUCAGUGAGCCGCACGCCUGGUAGUGGUGCGUCAUUGUAGCAGCAGAGCGCUCUCGCACACUACCAGGUGCGUGGCUCACCGACGUGUGCCUGGCUAAAGAUCGGCAAUGAUGGGCUAGGCUUCACUCAAUAAUAACUCUUUUAUUAAGCGUUAUAGAAAAAAAAUGGACUUUUCUUCUCAGUUUUAUCUGUUCUACCUGCACAUGACGGGUGGUGCGAUCGAUUCCGAGCACCUUGUGUGUAUAUAUAUAUUAUAUAUUAUAUAUUAUAUAUUUAAAACAAAGUGAUGUCAACGAGUAAUGAAAACCCCUCAGUAACAAUAAUUUAUAUGAUAUAUAGAGAUAUACGAGAUAUAUAAGAGAAUAGAGUGAAUACUUGAAUAGAGUGAUAUACACUUAAAUUAAACGAUAAUUUUUUUAUACUAUUUAUUCCCAAGGAAAUUAUUAUUGUUCCUACCGGCAUCUCCACUCUAAACUGUUUGCUUAUGAUUAACAUUAGCAAUGCCAGAGGUGCUGCAUUAUUGAUCUUGAUAUUCUUAUUAAUCCUAACAGUUUUAGGCAUAUAGGAUAUUGUUAUUCUCGGUCGUUGGCAGGCGUAUAUUGUGCGAAAACCGAUCGUAAAAUAUGGCAACUUUCAAAUCUUGCAUUACAUUAGGACUCGGAUAAUAAAAUAAAUUUCAAACUGUUUCAUUACUUUGUGUGCAACUGUCACAAAUGUGGCAAUUGAUGAAGAUACUCAAUAACUAUCCUUUUCCAGAUAUUUUUUGUUUCUUUAACUUUUUAUGUUACACAAGUUAUCCGAACUUUCCUCUCUCUGAAUUUUUUAAUCUAAAUAUAGGAAAACUAGUAUAGAUAUUCUUAUAUACAGACUAUUUAGAAAAGUAUGUUAUAGGUAUACCAUUCAAAUGCCGUAGCUUGUAUUCUCAUCGCAUAUUCAGCGUUCAUACAUAGUAGAUCUUUUGUUUUAUAUAAAUUUCGUUCUUUAUAUAUGUAAGAGCAUUUCAUUCGACGAUUUAUAAUUUACCACAAAAUUCAAAAUAAUAUUCUAUUUACAAUUUGUAUGUAUUAUGCAUUACAGAAACAUUUGAGUAACGUAAAAUGCAUAUAUAAAUCAAAAUAUGUAUAUGCGUAUAUCAGAAAAUAUUAAAACAUGUGAUGUAUUGAAUUAUCAGUAAAAUACUGUCUUGAAUUUUGUUGCGAAUUAUAGAUCGCCUAAAGAACUCUUAAAAUAUUUUUACGUGUAAAGUAAAUAAAUAUUUAUUUAAUGCUUAAUGAAUAUAUGAUGAGUAUACGUAGCUAUUAGAUUAUACAAUCAACUGAAAUAAUCACAUCAUUAAAGAAAAAAUAACUAAUCUCCCAACAUUCAAGUAUAUGAAUAUAAUCUUUCGACUCAACAUAUAUAUGCACAAUAUUAUAUAUUUAUAUUCCAUAUAUAAAUUCGUACAAUAUUCAUACAUACAGUAGAAUAUUACAUGUAUAUUAUAUAUACACAUAUUAUAUAGAUCAUUCAAAGAAUCAAGUAUAUUAAGAGAUAACACUAUGCAAUUCACGUUAUAAUAACGUAAAAUUAAAACUGAUGAAUUUGCAAUUUUAUAGGCAAAUCACGACGUUUACUUUUAUAAUUACACCUUUUGCGUUCAGUUUUGUAAACUCUCUCUAGCUAGUUUCAAAGAUUGCAUAUAUACUUGUGAUUAUGCAAAAUAACCGUGCGCGCGAUGUUCCGGUUGUUGUACAAUUUUCGUAUAGCAUGUUGGUGAUUUAUAAUGUCUUUGUUAAACAAAUAAAACAUAUUUCUAGAGUAUUUUAUUAUAUCGGAAGAUCAUUCUUCAACGUGAAAUAAUUGAGAAAUAAGUUUAGUGUCCCUCUUUGUAACUAAAAGGAGCCAUAUGAAAAAGUGAUGACAAAUAUAUUAUAGUUGUAUACUUUUAUGACCACAAUGAUGAUGAAAAAAUCGAUUAUUUAUGGAUAGUUACAUAGAUGGUAGUAUCUAAUGUGAUAUACAUAUAUAUAUAUACACAUACACACAUAUCCCAAAAAUAACUUUGUCUAACAAUUUACAAGUUUAAUUAGGUCGGAAAAUUUAAUUUCUUUUUCAUGCCAGGGCUAACCGAUCUAUAGAUGCCAUUAUUCGUUUCAAAUAGAGGAUAGAACACGCACAGAGAUACAAAUCGGCAAUGUUUGUGUGUGAUUAAGUGUUUGUUAACAAUUGAAGGAACAAAUAAAUAAAGAAAUAAAAAUUAGAUAUUACAAUCUUUUGUGUUUGUUAAAUUAAUUUAGAAAUUAAGUUGAUGAUCUUAUAAAAAAAAUCAAUCGAUAAGAAAUCUUGUAAAACAGAUGAAGAAUAGAUGAAAUGAAAUAAGCAAAGAAAUAGAUUUUUACAGAACUUAAAAAGUUAUUGAUAAAGUAGUAUUGAUAUAGAAGUAUUCAGAACUUUAAUUGUAAUGUCCUUAAUAAUAUAUUCUCUUUUAAAUUUUCGAUUUGUUCCAUUCGUAAAUCAAAAUUAAUACCUUGAGAAAAAUAGAACUUGAAACAGUUUUUGAUUCGUUUACUUGUUACAUAAAAGACAUGCAUAUCAGUUUCAUCUGUUUGUUCCUUCAAUUAUCGCAUUUAUUUAACAUUUAUCAAUCUGUCUAUAUAUAUAUAUAUAUAUAUAUAUAUAUAUAUAUAUAUAUAUACAUAUUUUGUCUGAUUUUGAAACCUAUAAUUUCUAUAUUUAAGAAAGUAAUCGCCAAUGUAUGUUGGAUUAUUAUGAAGGAAAAACGUAGUUAUGGGGGAAUAAUAUUUUUGAAUAUCCCUCUUUACAAGGAUUCGUUAUGAAAUAAUUAUAGAAUAGCUUUCAGUAUCAAUUAUAUCGACAAAAUCCACAUUUGUCGAAUCGACCAUUUAGUGUACAGUGCACUCUUUGUGUGCUAUAAGUUUACUGUAAAUUUUUUUAAAAAAUUCUUGUAAAAUGAAAAUGGCACAUUAUCGCGGGACCAUCUAUGUGGAAAUGUCUCACUCAUUAUUGCUUUUGUCCACAUUUGAAUAAUGGAUAUAUCUCAUAUGUCUUCCAAUCAUCUUAAGCGCGAUAUUAUUGUGUUUAUAAUGUAUUCCUGCGAUUAUAUGUCAUCACAAAACAACACAGUUAUAUUCCAAAUAAAGGAAGAUCUCACAAUGUG